AUUGGACUACAGCCGAGUGUCACGCCCAGUUACAGGACUCUGGUUUAGAGGAACGUGUGUACACACUUACACACUUACAGCUUUACAGUGCGCACACACACACACACACACGCACGCUGGAACCCAUCUAAGACCCAUCAGAUCAGAUCUGUUUAUUCUAACAAACAAAAUGUCGCACAGGGUUGUUACGACCACGUCCACCACCACGAGCACGACGACGUCGGAUGGAUCAGUUUUAAACCCGGGGUACUGCCGCUCUCACUCCGGAUUAUUAAAGAUCGGACAAGUGCUGACCCUCAUGAUUGCCUUCCUGUGUGUGCACUUCGCUCCUGGAUGGACGGAUUACAAUGCAUUCCGCUUCUUCGAGGUGGUCACGCUGUGGUUCCUCUUCGCCUUCCUCAUCUUCUUCCUCAUGUAUGUGUUCAGGCUGCAGGCUAAACUCCCCUGCAUCAACUGGACGAUGACGGAGUUUUUUCACUACAUCUUGGGCACAGUCCUGGUCUUCAUCGCCUCCAUCGUAGCAGCGGUGAAGAGCCACAGCAUCUCCGCGCUCCUUGCCGGAUCUAUUUUUGGCUUUAUUGCGACGUUUCUUCUCGCCCUCAGUUUAUUCACGUCGUAUAAAGUCUUGUGUGGCUCCCAGCAAACCAGCAUCGGAGUGUAACGGGACGUGAUCCAAAGCCACAUGAAGGAAAGUUUUUGAUCAGUUUGUGUACCGAGUGCCUCAGAGUCGGGUCACAUCCUGAACGCUGCAGUUUACACCGAUUGAAGAGAUGAUCUUUAACCCCACGCUUACACUAGCAGUGUCCCUUGGUGCACGCCUAGCGAACGCUACUGAGGUCAUUUGUGGGCGUGGCCUACAUCUCGCUGUACUAUGAAGGAUGCUAGUGUGAAGGCAAAUAGAUAAAACUCCAACUAGUAUAAAGUGUUGAGAGAAGAAAGUGAUUCAUUAGGAGGAUUCGACUCUUCAGAACUGAUUCUGACUCACUGAAUGUGGAUUUGUUACUGUUCAUUUUUGCAGUAUUAAAAUUUGUGAUUCCAAAAAUGGAAAACUUAUACACACUUUUAUUUUUAAGUCUUAUUCACUGCAGCUUUGAUUUGAGUUUUUUUGCGCUUCAUUUAAACCGAAUAGUGUUUAUUUAUUUUUUAAAGAGUUGAUAAGAGUUAAAUAAGGAUUAGUGAAAGGUCUGGAGUACAGUGUUGAUUUACAACAAGACACAGUGACACUUUUCAAUGUUUUCUUUUUGUGAUCUUACUGUUAAAAUGCUUUGCUUUUCUUUCUUGCUUCUCUUUUGUAAUGAAUAGUAAGCGUUACUGUGUUGACUUCAAUGGCAAAAAUAUUAAAUAUAAUAUGAAUGUCCAAACUA